AAAAUUAUAGAAGAAUAAGAAAAUCCCCACCCACUUUCAAUUUUACUUUAUAUAUUAUUUCUCACAAGUCACCAGAUUCCAACCAAAACCCAAAUAUCUAUAUUUUUUAACAUUAAAAUAUUAAAUCACCACAACAAUAUUCAUUAAUGCCCAUCAUUCAAUUUUUUUUUUUCUUUAUUUAAUUUAUUUCCUUAUUAAUUUAAUUAAUUAUUAUGUAUUUUAAAUUCGGACAGUAGGAACCCAAUUAGCUGAACAACAAAAACAUUAUUAUUAUCUUGGCAUUUUCCAUUCAAUACACAAAAUUAGAAAAUUACAGAGAGCCUAUGAAAAAAAAAAGAAGAAGCAAUCUUUCUUUUUCAAAAUCUCAUUCUCUCCUGUACUGAAAUAAAAAUUAAAAAAUAUAUAUAUAUAUUUAAAGAAAAUAAUAAUAAUAAUGAAGCUAUUAUCUUUUCUUUAAGCUCUAUUUUUCCAGCUAAUCUUCCCUGAAAAAACAAGUUUUACCAGAAAAUAACUCACAGUGAAGCUCUCCUUGUAGUUUAAGUUUAUUUGAUCCUUAAUACUUUUAUUUACUUAUUUUUAAAAAGAAGUUUAUUUAUCAAAAGCUAUCUAAUUAUUAUUAUUUAUUAUUAUUAAAUUAUUUUUUAAUUUUUUUUUUGAAAGUCUGAAAAAUUCUGGGCUUAAAAAUUUAUUUUAUUUUAUAUUCAUUUAAAUCAUCAAACUUUCUUUUGAGUUUUUGAGAUUAGGAAAGGAAAUGAAUGAGUUUUUGGUAGAGAGCUGAAAAAGAAAAAGACUAUAUUUUUAUUGGGGGGUGAGAGGGGUUUAAGUAUGGAGGGAAGAGAAGCUGUGAGUAGUGGGGUUACAGUGGUGGGAUCAGAUGCUCCCUCGGACUACCAUGUGGCUCCGAGGACUGAAAUCCCAUCUCAAACCGGUGGAUCAACACAUCAACCAGCCGUGGCUCCGGCGGCUGCUGCUGCGGUGGCACCACCACAAGCGGCCCCAACAACAACCUUGGCUGUUGCUAUUCCUGCAACUAUGCCGGUGAAGAAGAAGAGAGGUAGGCCUAGAAAGUAUGGACCAGAUGGAAGUGUCACUAUGGCUUUGUCCCCUAAGCCAAUAUCUUCGUCGGCGCCACCACCACCUCCCAUAAUCGAUUUCUCAUCUGAAAAGCGUGGAAAAGUACGGCCAGCUAGUUCGGUCAGCAAGACCAAGUAUGAGAUGGAGAAUUUAGGUGAAUGGGUUGCAUGCUCUGUUGGUGCAAAUUUUACACCCCAUAUCAUAACUGUCAAUGCUGGCGAGGAUGUUACAAUGAAGAUUAUAUCAUUUUCUCAACAAGGGCCUCGAGCUAUAUGCAUACUCUCUGCAAAUGGUGUGAUAUCGAGUGUCACACUUCGUCAGCCUGAUUCUUCUGGAGGUACAUUGACAUAUGAGGGUCGAUUUGAAAUACUUUCUUUAUCUGGUUCAUUCAUGCCAAGUGAUUCGGGUGGAACAAGAAGCAGAUCUGGUGGGAUGAGUGUUUCUUUGGCGAGUCCAGACGGACGAGUUGUAGGUGGUGGUGUUGCUGGACUAUUAGUAGCUGCAAGUCCUGUGCAGGUUGUAGUAGGCAGUUUUUUGGCUGGGAAUCAGCACGAGCAAAAACCGAAGAAACAUAAGUACGAGUACAUUUCAAAUGCGAUGCCAACUGCAGCCAUUCCUAUUUCAAGCGCAGAUCCAAAAACGAACCUCACUUCUUCAGCUUCCUUUCGUGGAGAUAGCUGGUCAGCAUUGGCUGCUGAUUCGAAGACUAGGGCAACUGACAUUAAUGUAUCUUUGCCAGGAGGAUGAUUCUCAAAACUAAAACAUAAGAAGAAAAAACAAAAACCAGUUUCAUGUAGUUUCAGGUAGAGAAGUUUGUGCACACUGACCACAUUGGCAAAAAUCAAACUUCAAACUCUCCGAAACUCACUUCCCUCGUUUAUGCCGUCUGUAAAACUUACUGACACUUUUAGUUACCACCAGCAGCAUGUUGUUGUUUUUCCAUCUGGGGUUGGCCCCUUUUACCAUGAGGCAGUAUUUUAUUUUCAAAUUAGCUGUUUAGGUUAGGUUCUCUCUCGGCUCUGUUGUUGUGUCAUGUAAAAGUAGAGUAGUUUGAUCUUGUAAUAUUUGACAUCUGAAUCUGUCUUUCUUUGAACUUGUGCAUUGUGAUGAUUUGGAAGUUGAAAAAAAAAAGAAAACAAAA